AAUUAAUAUAAAAUUUCACAGAUCACUGCUCAAAUUUGGUUAACAGGUCAUAAUAUAUGAAUUAUAAGUACUGAACAGUAUACAGUUAAUGUGCAAUAAAAUCCCCUAAAAUAUAAAAUAUUGCAAAAUUUAACAUUAUUUUUCACACCAUUUCACUCGCGCUCAAACACAACCAAAUGGAUUUAGCAUAAAUAUUUCAAGGAACAAUUUACUUUUACCUUUAGCGUCAACAAUAAUUUUACAGCCUACACCUACACGCAAAAAAAAUAAAGCUGAUUGCAAACUGCUUGUCAGUAGCCUACGACUUUGCAUUUCACAUGAAUAGUAUCUAAAGAAAAAAAUAAGCAAUUGUUUUAAUACUUAUCAAUAUCAGCAGUCGCCCAUACUUAUUUCAUCCUUGCGCGUUACAAACUUCAGAGUCGUGUCGUUGGGAUCGUAGCGCUUUUCUUCCUGCUGUUCCGUCAUUGUUGAUCUCUUUUGCAGCUCAAGUCGAUUUAGAAACGAAACCCACAAGUUGAUGGUGUUUUGUUCAGGAUUUACAGCAGGUCACAUGAUUUCUCAAAUGAAGAGAUGAGAUAUGCUAUCAUCGCGGAAACUUUUGUUAUCCACCACUCAGAGUAAUAACAAGAGUCAAUGUAUAUUUUAAUAGUUUCUGCAGUGUUUUGGGGACAAUUUAAUAUUGGAUUUAGGGAUUUCUGCAGGGAAGUAAAUUCAAUAAAACCAAUAGACUAUAGCCUACAGUUCCCUAUAACCAUGAAUGCUUUACAGAUAUCGUUUUAGUCAUCACGGUCACGCCUUGUCUGUUUCUAAAAGUUGAAACUGUUUAUUACAUUAAUUCACAAUUAUUUUAUUCGAAAAAACACGCAAUUAUAAAUAACAUCACAAAAAUAAAAGCUGAAUCUGUUGUGUGUCCAUGGGUUGUUAUGAUAAAUACCAGCACAUAUAACCAUAAAUAUUAAUAAAGAGGUGGCACGCAUAAAAACAGAAAGCGAAACGUGCACACUUCAUACACGUCUCUCCGUCUUUCUGUAGUUGUUUACACUUGUUCUCCUAAAAUGGGAAAGAUUUACCAGGUCAUGGUGGUUGGAAUAAAGGGGGAGAAAAAAACAAUUGAUGUAGCCAGCUCAGAGGAAGACUUCAAUAAACCCGGACAAGCAGGAGAUGAUCCAUCGUCCAUGAGGCUCCUGUACACAGAUAAACAACUGGAGGACAAUGAUACGUUUUUAGACCACCAAAUCAAGGACCGCUCCACUCUCUUCAUGGUCUUGCGUCUUCCCGGAGGUUCCCAAACCCGCUAAGAGGAUCAUUUCCUGAGACUCACCUCACUCCACUCAACUUCUAUUUGUGCCAAAUACAUGCUGUACACUAUUAUUACAUGGUCUGAGUUGUGUAAUGUCACUGUCAGAAAACUCAGUGAAACUUGAAAUAUAAAAAUUGAGAAAUGUAGCAACUACUAUGACAAAUGCAUAUAAACUGAAUAAAAUGUGAAUACAAAUGAUUAAUAAUUUUCUCAGAAAGUAUAUUCGUUGUUUGACUUGUUGAAUUAAAAAUAUAUUAUAUUUUC